AUGCUUCCCGACAUCAUAAGUGUUCCGUCUACCAGCGUAAAAUGUCUCUCUUCUGAAGUACUGCUUCCUGAAGACGUGGGAGAAUGUGAAGAGUUGGAAUAUAAAAUAACGAAAACCCAGAAGCCAAUGAUGAAUCGAGGAGCAUGUCCAUCGAUGUGCAAAGUCUGUAGACAUCCAGCUACUGGAUAUCAUUAUGAUGUUCCAUCCUGUAACGGAUGUAAAACAUUUUUUCGGCGGUCAAUUCUGGAUGGAAGAAAAUAUACAUGUCUGAAAAUGAAAAAGUGUUUGAGUGGAAAUGAACCAGUGGGUAUGUGUCUUUUCGAGAAAUUCUCAAAAGAGAUCUUGUUUCCAGAUUUGACCAAAAGAAUGUGUAGAUCUUGCCGAUUUGAACAGUGUGUGGAGGCUGGAAUGAAUCCGUCAGCGAUUCAAGCAGAUGUAAAAAGUUCAGACGGCGAGAUUUUGAAAAAUGAGAUUAUGCGAAAACAGAAAGGGUCGGUGGAUGGUUUGAGCACUCCACAUGUACUUUUAAGUUUCGAGGAUAAAGUCAACGAGAUAAUUGAGAAAUUGACAUCGAUGGAAGUGAAAAUUGAACCGCUGUAUACGGAAGGAUUGCCACCCGGAUACAAAGAUAAUCGAAAACUAGAAGACGUGAUAAAUUCCCCAAUGAUACUCCGAUACGACGAAAUUCCAAACCUAGAAUACUGCCCUGUUAUAGACGAAUCCACCGGACAAAUCAAAAGCAGUGGUGCAUGUUAUAUUCACUGUUGUUAUCUUGCCAGUAUCGAAUAUUCCAAAAUGUUCGAUUUCGUGAAUAAAAUUGAUGCGGCCAAUAAAAUAAUACUUGUUAAACAUGCUACCGUGAUGUGUGCGGAUAUUAUGACUUCAUUCUUCUCCUAUGACCGACUGAAAUCCGACAAACUGAUUCAUCCAAACGGACUGUUCGCAGGUCCACCUAGACCGAGGUACGGUGAAGUUGGAGCUAAACAUCAAGCUGGCAUGCAGAGAACAUUGGUUACUGUACUCCGAAAUGAACUUAACAGAGUCGAAUACUUGCUUCUCAAGGCAAUAGUUCUGUGCAAUCCAGCGGUUUCCGGUUUAACGGAAACGGUUCAAGAAGUUAUCGGAAAAGAAAGAGAGCAAUACGUUCGAACACUUUUGACAUACUGUCUUCUAAAUUAUGGAUCUGUUCAUGGCCCAUCUCGAUUCUCAGCUCUUCUUGCAAUUAUGUCAGUUCUCGAAUCACAACAAAGGAAUGCGAAAGAUUUUCAUUUAUUAGCAAAAGCCACCGUUUUGAAAGAUUUAGUACGGUAUACCCGUGUUAGUCAGCUGUAUGAGCAGAUUAUGGAAUCUUGA